AUGAGGGCUGGGAAGGACGUGGAGCCCCCGCCCGACGGUCCUGGAGCCCCCGGCCGACGGUCCUGGAGCCCCCGCCCGACGGUCCUGGAGCCCCCGCCCGACGGUCCUGGAGACCCCGCCCGACGGUCCUGGAGACCCCGCCCGACGGUCCUGGAGACCCCGCCCGACGGUCCUGGAGUCCCCGCCCGACGGUCCUGGAGACCCCGCCCGACGGUCCUGGAGACCCCGCCCGACGGUCCUGGAGCCCCCGCCCGACGGUCCUGGAGCCCCCGCCCGACGGUCCUGGAGCCCCCGCCCGACGGUCCUGGAGCCCCCGCCCGACGGUCCUGGAGCCCCCGCCCGACGGUCCUGGAGCCCCCGCCCGACGGUCCUGGAACCCCCGCCCGACGGUCCUGGAGCCCCCGCCCGACGGUCCUGGAGCCCCCGCCCGACGGUCCUGGAGCCCCCGCCCGACGGUCCUGGAGCCCCCGCCCGACGGUCCUGGAGCCCCCGCCCGACGGUCCUGGAGCCCCCGCCCGACGGUCCUGGAGCCCCCGCCCGACGGUCUUGGAGCCCCCGCCCGACGGUCCUGGAACCCCUGCCCGACGGUUCUGGAACCCCCGCCCUUGUAUCCGCUCUUACCUCGGCUCUGGAGUCGUCCCCAACACUUCCAGGAUCAUAAAGCUGCGUAAUUUGAAUUUGAGGUUCGUGGAGCCCCUUUGCCGAGUGCGAGAUUAG